GAAACCCAAAGCAGGAAGAAACAUGCCACCAAUGUACUGGAGGGGAACACACUGUGUCAUGUGAAUAGACAUGACAAAAACAGCCUUCUUUAAAUUACUUUUGGCAAUUGUGAUCGCAUUCAUUUUAAUCUUGCCAGAACAUUUUAAGACACCAAAAGGAAAUAUAUUGGAGCUAUCAUGUCUGGAAGUGUGUUUGCAACCUAAUUUCAACUAUUCACUCCCUUCUUUAAAUUUUUCUUUUGUGACUUUUCUGAAACCAAUAAGAGAAACUCAGACUAUUAUGGGAAUCUUUCUAAAUCACUCCAACUUUCAAAACUUCACCAGAAUUUGCCAAGGCAUCACGAAUGAAUUUAAAAUGUGCUCCUCAUGUUUGGCUUGUGAGUCCACAAAACUCAUGGAUUUUAUUUCUCAGGAACAAACAUCAAAAGUUCUUACCAUGAAAGGAUCAACGGAAGUGAAGGCAAAUGACUUUCAUUCACCUUGUCGACAUUUUAACUUCACUGUAGCUCCUAUAGUUGACCACUUGGAAGAACAUAACAUUACAUGUAAUCUUAAAACCCGCACCAGAACGUCAGCAAUUGUGGAAGAAGAUCCAAAGGAGGAAAAGUCUAUGAACCAUACUUGUAGGAUUAUGGAAAACCUGAAUAAUUGUACACACAUUUCUCUGCACCUAGAAAAGGAUGUCAAAAAUUUCACUUGUUCCAUGAAGAUCACUUGGUACGUUUUAGUUCUAGUCGUUUUUAUAUUUUUGCUCAUCCUCACUAUCCACAGAAUACUUGAAAGCCACAGAAGAGUGUGGAAGUGGCAGAGUCAUAAAUACGAACGCACAUUUGUUCUCUUAAAAGGAAAGGAUUCUGAGAAACUGCGAACACUGAACGUGCGGGUCAUUUCAGACAAAACCAUGCUGGGAGUCAAAUCACGGCCAAGGCUUGCUUGGGACCAAGCAGAGACUGUCCUUGACUCCGGUCAAGAAAGUGCUUCCUCCAAUACCAGAACUAGAAGUUACUUCCACGAUGCAUCUGCAAGAUCAAUAUACACGAAUAUCCCUCUGAAUUCCUCCGGACCAUUUGGACUAAAUCCUUUUGAAGAAUACUCAUAAUUUUAUUGCAGGAAUGAGUUAUCUAGUAAAUAUAUGGGUCCAGCUGAGAAUGCACAAUGGGAACAGUAGGAAUGGUCACUGGCUGAUGAAAACUGGCUCAAGAGCAGUCAUUUGGCCCACGAGAUCAAAGAAACCAGAGUUUUUUUCAGGAAGCCAUCAUGAGUCAUGGAAAACAAGCUGAUGACACCCAUAAAAACAGCAACGGAAUGCUUCCUCUCCUUGUUUAUCUAUCAUUAUACAACUACAGUGGCCUCAAGACUUUGAUAUUGAAAGGAACCAGAAACCAAGGUCAAGGAUAAAAAUCCUUUCUCUCAUUAGCCCACAUUGCAGAUUCCGAUUUGAUGGGUUUUCCUAUACAGAGGGAUUGUUUCUAUUUGGCAAAUUACUUAAGAGGGCCUGGGUUGUUUGUUAAUGUAUUUGUUUGGAUUUAUAAAUGUUGUCUCCUUUUGGCACUGAGGAUGCUUUAAAAAAUUCAAAGAUACCAAAAUCAAAUGACUUUAAGUGACAUACUAAGUGAAACUUGAAUAUUGAAACAUAGUAGCAAAAUGUUUCUUCUGAUUCUUUCAGCGUUCAUAUUAUUUAUGGCUAUCACUGAUGUCAAGAGUAGUUAUAGUUAUUAAUUACAAUAAGAGCACAUAUAGACAAUUUUGAACAUUGAAAAAUAUAAAAAUACCUUUCCAGAAUUCAGGUGGAAUUUAAUCUCCUGGCAUCAUUAAUUAUAUGGUUAAAAUUGCUUUUCUGAGAAGAUUUCUCGAUUUUAAUGGCAGGGUCAGGUUUAAUAUUAAGCAAACUAACAGGAAUGAAUGAUUCAACAUACAGAGGGUUUUUUGGUAUCCUCUCCCUCUCUCCCAUCCCCUCUUCUCCCCUCCCCACCUCUCCCCUCCUCUUCUCUCCUUUGUUUUUCUAGAUCACAAGCUGAGAUUCUAAUCAUAGCAUUUAGGUUUUGAAGAUUUGGAAAAUGGAAUUCUACUGGUCUCACUUUUUAUUGUCCCUGUAAACUUGAUUAACAGGUCAAGAUCAGGUCUGGGACUAUUCAGCAGGAGCUGAGGGAUAUCACACUCCUUGAGGGAUAGAUACUAUAUGAUUUCUAAUAGGCCAAAUUAUUGUUUCCUUGAACAUUGCCUAUUAUGUUCAGACAAAUGACUUGGAAAUCAAUGGGAACUUGGCUUACAAAAGGCAUAAAUUAAGCUUCAAAUUCUGUUAAAUUGUGGCAGCUUCCUGAAAGCUAAUUUCACUUAUUUAUUGAAAUAAUAGACUUUAAUAGAUAUUGUGAAGCAUUCAAACAUGUGGAUGGCCUGGUGUCUGCCUGCAAAGAAUCUAUACUCUAGUAGAGGAGACAGGGUACACUACUCCUAGUUAUAAUGCUAGACACAAGGGUAAGAUAGGGUAAGAUAAAUGUCAUCUACAGGCUCCAUGCUUCCUGCUGAGAAUUCACAGGCCAGUAGAAUCAUUUCCAGCUGGGGGUAAGCAGGGUAGGCUUUUCAAGAAGGUGGCUUUAAGCAGCAUUGAAGAUAGUUUUUUUCUGAUCUUUCUGGAGAGGGGGAAUUUCCCAAGUAUAUACUUUCUCAGCCUUCAUAACCCUUUCAAUAUCUGCUUUUUACAAUUAUUUUCAUGGUUAUCAAUUAAUGUCUAUCUCCCUUUCUAGACUGAUUCUGCUCACCAUAAUAUUCCUGGAAGCUGGCAUGAUAUUUGGCUUACAGAAAGUUCUUAGUACAUAUUUUUUGGAUAAAGAACAAUUUACUGAGCCCCUCUGUAUGUCAGGCACAUGCCACAGAUAGUCUCACUUCUUCCUUACAAUGAUUCCUGGAGACAGGUGUCAUUGUCCCUAAGGAACUGAGGCCUGAGAAGCUCACCAAUUUGCCUGUGAUCUCAGGAACAAUAUGUGGAUUCAGUCCUAGACUGAAGUAUAUAAAAUAUGCUUUUGUACCCAGCCACUUUUGUGGCUAGUAUAGCAGGAUCAUGAUUUGAGUGGUUCUUAAGGAGGGGGGAGGAAUUGACCAUCAGAAUCCAAACAGGGUUCCAUAAGCAUGGAAGAGGAAGAAGAAGAAAACCGUCAGGUGCCUCUGUGAAUGUUUCUCCUCAAUUCCAAGGAGAUGUGCAGGGAGAUGUGUUUAAAAAUAAAACACAGGCUUGGUUUUUCCCCCAGAACAAUCUCUUGAGGCGUGCUAAGGCUAUUCUUUAAGCAUGUCUCAGUGCCGAAACUUUCAUGAUGGGUCUCCACAAAGUUGUCACAGCAUCAUUAUCUCUCUCCAAAAUUAUGUCUAUUUUCAGACGGACUGUAAAAAUAGCACAUCUAUUUUCACACAGAAGAGUGGUAUCAGUGUGUGAUAUUACAAAAGCAGGCACAUCUGUAAUGAAGAGCCACACAGUAGGCAUUAUAUUUCUUUCAUAACCGUAUGCCAAUUUCCUUUUAGGGAAUUACCUUUGACCCACGGAACAAUGUCUUGAUAGGACUGUUAAUCAAAGUUUCUUGCUAAUCAGCCAAUGGAUGACAUGUGGCCAGAGCUAGACCAAUUUGACCUUCUUGAUCAGGACUUUGGUUUAUAGGUGCAAUGAUGUAUGGGUGAGAAAAAAAAUGACUGGAGCUUAUUCAUUCCAGCAGCAGAGUUGAGACAUUCCUGCUUAUAAACUCCCCAACACACCCCGAACUCCCAUCAAACUGCCUUGGUUCUGAGUCUGGUUCUCUAGCCUUCCCUUUGAUUCUGUGAGCUACCAAUAAUAUCUUUGUAAAAUAUCCUUUUCCUGCUUAAGUUUCCAGACUUGGCUUCUGUUGCCUGCUGAAUAUAACAUCUAACAUCUAUUUUAUUUAGUAAAGUCAUAGGAUGUCUGAGCUGUAGGAAAUCUUAUAGAUCAUCUGGUUAACUCCUCCAUUUUACAGCUGAGGAAAACCAAAGCUCUGGAGGCUGAGGGUUUCACCCAAGUUCACAUCACAGAGCUUGUCAGUGACAGAACUGAGAUUAAGACAAGGGCUCGUUUGCCCAGGGAACUGGAGUCUGCUUUUUAUUUUAAUUCCUUUUUAGUACAAACCAGAGCCUCCUUCUCUGUCUCUCCUCUCUCUCUCUCUCUGAAAUGCUUAGUAGAAAAUAGUGACUUAAAAAAACCUUCACUCCUCCCCUCCCCCAACUGACAAUUUGCUCUGUUUAGUUUAAACACUUGUUUCAGAGAUAGUCCUUUCUGGGAUUUGGCAUCUGGUAAUGACAGGCAUCAGUUUGUAUCCUUAUAUGGAGCCUUGAUUCUUUCUAGCUGUCUUUAAAUGUUUAUUUUCCCCUUACAUGAAAAUAAUGUUGGGACAGGAAGUGGUUUGCUCUAAGGAAGCGUAUGGGGUGGGGUUCUCAAAGUGAUUAUUUUCCACUUCCAAGUCUAACUUCUAGCCAUGUGCAUUUGGGGAGAGACUUCCUUUACUCACACUAAAAGAUAUAUAUAUAUAUAUAUAGAUAUAUAUAUAUAUAUACCUGCUCUAUUUUUUCAGUUGCUUUAGGGCAGUCAUAGCUCAUACGAUCAUUGCCAAAAGGGCCAAAUGUUGGGGUAGGAGUUGGGGAGGGUAUUAACAAUGGUUCAGUAGUCUCCCCUUGUCCGUGGGGGACAUGUUCUGAGAUCCUCAGUGAAUGCCUGAAACCACGGAUAGUACCGAACUCUAUGUACACUAUGUUCUUUCUACACAUAUACACCUAGAGUUUAAUUAAUAAACUAGGCACAGUAGGAGGUUAACAAUAAUCCUGAGAGAACAAUUAUAACAAUGUACUAUAAGAAAAGUUAUAAGAACGUGGUCCCUCUCUUGAAAUAGCUUACUGUACUCACCUUUCUUCUUGUGGUGGUGUGAGAUGAUAAAAUGCCUCCUUGCCCCGCGUCAGGCUCUGGGCUGAUGGCUCAGAGCCUGGAGCCUGUUUCCGAUUCUGUGUCUCCCUCUCUCUCUGCCCCUCCCCCAUUCAUGCUCUGUC